CAAAAGUUGGGUAGAGUCACACAGCAGUGAUGUUUUCACCAAAUUGUUUGAAGGGAUCGUGAGGGUCUCCUCUGCCCACCAAAGCUCUUCCUGGAAUGCCCCCCCCAGCCCUGCCUCUGCCCCUCCCCCGCUACAGAAUGUCUGGGCAUAGCCCUCCAGACCUGUUUACUUUCAAACCUCACCCUCUGCAGUUGGACCGGAGUGAGCCUCUGGUCACAGGUCUUCACUCUUCCCACGCUGCUAGCAGCUAGAGAGUUGAUGUCAGUGUCCAUGCCUGUGGGGAUGGAGCUAGAAGGAGCAUCGUCCCUGCUGCAGCCAGAUAUGACCCAGAAGGAUGGGGUCAUCCUAUCUCCUUCUUCGGUCCUGUGCCCUCUCCCACCUGCCCCGGUCCCAGUACAACAGCUACACUGGGAGCCAUUUCCACCCUCUGGGAAUGCACCACAUCCUCAGGGUAAACCCCUGGUGGUGUCCCAUUUCCCCAUGACACCUCUGGUGGCAGGACACAGUGGCUAUGGUCAGACUGGGCCUGGGCCUUUCAACAUCCCUGCCCGAACCCAGGGAGGAAGGAGGCGAGCAGGGUCCCUGCUCACUCAGAGCCAGGUCCUCUCAUGGGCCCCAUUCAUGAGCGGCUCCCAAGGUGUCCGGCAUGGGGGUGUGCAUCAUCCUGCUCUCCUGCCGCUGAGUGCUGCGCCCAUGACCACCAUCCUGCCUGCCCCAACUGGGGUGAGCAUCCAAGAUCAUGAUGGGAUGUGGGCCAAGGGCCUUCAUCCUCCAGCCGUACCACUAGUGGCCCAGACCGUGUCUGGAGUGAACACUGGGCCACUCCUGUCUGCCCCAACUGGGGUGAGCAUCCAAGCUCAUGAUGGGAUGUGGGCCAAGGGCCUUCAUCCUCCAGCCGUACCACUAGUGGCCCAGACCGUGUCUGGAGUGAACACUGGGCCACUCCUGCCUGCCCCAAAUGGGGUGAGCAUCCAUGCUCAUGAUGGGAUGUGGGCCAAGGGCCUUCAUCCUCCAGCCAUACCACCAGUGGCCCCGACGGUGUCCGGAGUGAACACUGGGCCACUCCUGCCUGCUCCAACUGGGGUGAGCAUCCAAGCUCAUGAUGGGAUGUGGGCCAAGGACCUUCAUCCUCCGGCCGUACCACCAGUGGCCCAGACCGUGUCCGGAGUGAACACUGGGCCACUCCUGUCUGCCCCAACUGGGGUGAGCAUCCAAGCUCAUGAUGGGAUGUGGGCCAAGGGCCUUCAUCCUCCAGCCGUACCACCAGUGGCCCAGACCGUGUCUGGAGUGAACACUGGGCCACUCCUGCCUGCCCCAAAUGGGGUGAGCAUCCAUGCUCAUGAUGGGAUGUGGGCCAAGGGCCUUCAUCCUCCAGCCAUACCACCAGUGGCCCCGACGGUGUCCGGAGUGAACACUGGGCCACUCCUGCCUGCUCCAACUGGGGUGAGCAUCCAAGCUCAUGAUGGGAUGUGGGCCAAGGACCUUCAUCCUCCGGCCGUACCACCAGUGGCCCAGACCGUGUCCGGAGUGAACACUGGGCCACUCCUGUCUGCCCCAACUGGGGUGAGCAUCCAAGCUCAUGAUGGGAUGUGGGCCAAGGGCCUUCAUCCUCCAGCCGUACCACCAGUGGCCCAGACCGUGUCUGGAGUGAACACUGGGCCACUCCUGCCUGCCCCAAAUGGGGUGAGCAUCCAAGCUCAUGAUGGGAUGUGGGCCAAGGGCCUUCAUCCUCCAGCCGUACCACCAGUGGCCCAGACCGUGUCCGGAGUGAACACUGGGCCACUCCUGCCUGCCCCAACUGGGGUGAGCAUCCAAGCUCAUGAUGGGAUGUGGGCCAAGGGCCUUCAUCCUCCAGCCGUACCACCAGUGGCCCAGACCGUGUCCGGAGUGAACACUGGGCCACUCCUGCCUGCCCCAACUGGGGUGAGCAUCCAAGCUCAUGAUGGGAUGUGGGCCAAGGGCCUUCAUCCUCCAGCCGUACCACCAGUGGCCCAGACCGUGUCUGGAGUGAACACUGGGCCACUCCUGCCUGCCCCAACUGGGGUGAGCAUCCAAGCUCAUGAUGGGAUGUGGGCCAAGGACCUUCAUCCUCCGGCCGUACCACCAGUGGCCCCGACCUUGUCCGGAGUGAACACUGGGCCACUCCUGCCUGCCCCAACUGGGGUGAGCAUCCAAGCUCAUGAUGGGAUGUGGGCCAAGGACCUUCAUCCUCCAGCCGUACCACCAGUGGCCCCGACCGUGUCUGGAGUGAACACUGGGCCACUCCUGCUUGCCCCAACUGGGGUGAGCAUCCAAUCUCAUGAUGGGAUGUGGACCAAGGGCCUUCAUCCUCCGGCCGUACCACCAGUGGCCCAGACCUUGUCCGGAGUGAACACUGGGCCACUCCUGCCUGACCCAACUGGCGUGAGCAUCCAAGCUCAUGAUGGGAUGUGGGCCAAGGGCCUUCAUCCUCCAGCCGUGCCACCAGUGGCCCCGACCGUGUCCGGAGUGAAUACUGGGCCACCACCACACUGCAGCAUUGCAGGUGUCCUGGGCACCUCGCAGACCAGUGGCUCAGCAGGUCACACCUCCAAGUCUCCAAGUGUCUAUGAGAACUUCCGGUGCUGGCAGCAUUUGAAGACCCUGCUCCAGAGAUACCUUCCACACACUCCUGACAUGGAAGUGGUGUCCUGCUUCCUCAUGCCAGUGCUCCGGUCCCUGUCCCGCCGGAAGCCGACCAUGAGUGUGGAGCAGGGCCUGCGGAUAGGCGUGCGCGAAUGGGACCACAACAGCAACUACGAGCGCAUGAUCUUCUACGAGCUGGCUGAAAAGUUCAAGGAGUUUGAGGUUGCUGAAGAGUUGUUACAUCCCAAGUUUCAGUUGACUGGGGGACUCCCGGGCUGUCCGACUCCAGCCCCACCGAGGCCCGAACCUCCAAGGCCCCCAAUGCCUGCGGUUGUGCAACAACCAGUGUGCGUCCCCAGGCAGACAGAAUCCAAGGCGCAGGCUGCCUGCCCCCCAACACCCAAAUGCCAGCAGCCACCUGAGACCAAGGCGCCUGAUGAGAUCCCUCCUGAAGCUGUGAGGGAAUACAUAGACAUUAUGGACUGGCUGGAAGAGCAUCACCUCCUGUCCAUGCCGGUGUCUAAAGAAAACCAGGAAGAAGAGCAGCAGCAGGAAGAGGAGGAGAUAGUCCCAGAUCUGGAUAUCUCCAGUUACUGUGAUGAGCUUUGCUCCCAAGACGACUUUCUCACCAAGGUGGAGGCCAUUAUCAACCCCCAAUUCCUGGAUGCAGUAGAAUCUCCAGAUGCAGACUUGGAUAUCAUCUUGGCUACAAGACAGGUGCUAGAAGAGGAACAUGAACUUACUGUUGACCAGCUGGUGGAGAAGCGCCUUCUGGGCUCCAAGGAAAAGGGAGGUGUGUGCAGGCCCCAGAGCCGAGGUGCACCCCAAUCUGCUGCCCACCAAGGUGCAGAGCGAGAUGAUCCUGACCGCAAACGAAGGCGCAACAAGGAGACCUGCUCCCCUCCAAAAGCUUCCCAGGUCCUUAAGAGACGCAGGGCCACCAAUGAAGAGCGGCCGGGGCCUGAGGUCCCUGCUGUCCUGCGCAGGAGACACAGCCGUGCUCUGCUGGGAGCCUCUGGUCCCAGUGCUCUUCCCCAGGACCUGGCAUCCAGAGGUGCCCUGGCCCUCAGAGUGGCCUCUCCUACUGGGGGGCCAGCAUCCUGCCCGGAUGAGGAUGAUGAGGACUUCUCCAGCCUUUCCUUCCUCCUGGCCUCCCCUCGCCAGCUACUGCCCCAGAUCCCAGGCCCUGACGUGGGCCUCCUCUGCCCUGGGGACCCAGCACCCCAGGCCUCACUUCCCCAGAGAGGAGGCCUCAUCUCUGACCUCCCUUCAUCUGCCAGGUGCAAGAAACGAGCCCUCUCGGGAGGCUCAGCUCCUGUGGGAAAGUUAUUCUGCCCAGGACCUUCCUGAGAGGUUGCUGCAGGGCAAGAUUUGGCUCAGGGGCAGGUUCCAGGCCCAUUGCCUAAGAAGGGGAGGAGUAACAAAGGAGGCUCCCAGAGGAGGAGGAGGAGGAGGAGGAAGACCUGACCCCCAUAAGGCUGGUGGGCAAACUCUGGGGUGCCCGUACUUCAGGUGGGCAUUGGCAAGAUUUCACCCUGCUCUGCCCUGCACCCCACA